AUGGACGGGGCGGCCGAGCUGCUCCUCUACCUGAACGGGCGCAAGGUGAUAGAAAAAAAUGUUGAUCCUGAAACAAUGCUGUUACCAUAUCUGAGAAAGAAGCUCCAACUCACAGGAACUAAGUACAGCUGUGGAGGGGGAGGCUGCGGAGCCUGCACAGUGAGGGUAUCACGCUAUAGCCCCGCUACCAGGAAGAUAAGACACUGCCCAGCCAACGCCUGUCUGAUCCCCUUCUGUUCUGUGUACGGUGCUGCCAUCACGACAGUAGAAGGCAUAGGAGGCACCACGACCAGGGUUCAUCCUGUUCAGGAGAGGAUCACCAAGUGUCAUGGCACCCAUUGUGGGUUCUGCAACCCUGGGAUGGAGAUGUCCAUCUACACGCUGCUCAAGAACCAUCCUGAUCCCACUCUGGAUCAGUUAACUGAUGCCCUUGGUGGUAGUAACCUGUGCCGUUGCACUGGAUACAGGCCCAUAAUUGAUGCAUGCAAGACUUUCUCUAAUACUUCUCUCUGCUGUCAAAGUAAAGAAAAUGGGGUUUGCUGUUUGAACCAAGGAAUAAAUAGAUUACCAGAAUUUGAGGAAGGAGAUAAGACAAGCCAAAAACUUUUCUCAGAAGAGGAGUUUCUGCCAUUGGAUCCAACUCAGGAAUUGAUUUUUCCUCCUGAGCUAAAGAUAAUGGCUGAGAGACAACCACAAAGGACCAGAGUUUUUGGUGGUGAUAGAAUAACUUGGAUUUCCCCAGUGACCCUGAAGGAACUUCUAGAAGCUAAAGUCUAGUAUCCCCAGGCCCCUGUCAUCAUGGGAAACACCUCCACGGGGCCUGAAGUAAAGUUUAAAGGUGCCUUUCACCCAGUUAUAAUUUCUCCUGAUAGAAUUGAAGAACUGAAUGCUAUGAACUAUGCAUAUAAUGGGCUGAUCUUUGGUGCCGGCCUCAGCCUGGCUCAGGUGAAAGACAUCCUGGCUGAUGCAAUCCUGAAGCUCCCAGAGGAGAAGACACAAACAUACCAAGCUCUCCAGAAGCAUUUGGGAACUCUGGCUGUAUGCCAGAUCAGGAACAUGGCUUCUUUAGGGGGCUACAUCUUGAGCAGACAUCUAGAUUCAGAUCUAAAUCCCAUCCUGGCUGUGGGCAACUGUACCCUCAACUUGCUCUCAAAAGACAGAGAACGACAGAUUCCUUUAAAAGAGCAGUUUCUCAGCAAGUGCCCCAGUGCAGAUCUUAAGCCUAAAGAAAUCUUGAUCUCAGUGAACAUUACCUUUUCCAGGAAAUGGGAAUUUGUAUCCGCCUUCUGCCAAGCCCAUAGGCAACAGAACGCACUCACAAUAGUCAAUUCAGGAAUGAGAGUCUUUUUUGGAGAAAGGAAUGGCAUCACUAGAGAGUUAUCCAUCUUGUAUGGAGGCGUUGGUCCAACCACCAUCUGUGCAAAGAAUUCCUGCCAGAAGCUCAUCGGAAGGCCCUGGAAUGAAGAGAUGCUAGACGCAGCUUGCAGGCUGGUUCUGGAUGAAGUCUCCCUUCCAGGCUCAGCUCCAGGUGGGAAGGUAGAGUUCAAGAGGACUCUCAUUGUCAGCUUCCUCUUCAAGUUCUACCUGGAAGUGUCACUAUUAAAGAGGAUGGACCGUGUUCACUAUCCUACCCUGGAAGACAAGUAUGAGAGUGCUUUAGAAGACCUUCAUUCUAGGUAUCACUGAAGUGCAAUUAACUACCAGAAUGUAGACCCAAAGCAGCUUCCUCAGGUCAUGCACCCGUCUGGUAUUAAGUACACCACAGGUGAAGCCAUCUACUGUGACCACAUCCCUGCUGUGGAUAAAGAACUUUUCUUGGCUUUUGUAACAAGUUCAAGAGCUCAUGCUAAGAUUGUGGCCCCGUUCUGUGUGCUCUCGCCCGGGUCCAUUGAUCUGUUGGAAGCGCUCAGCCCGCCAGGCGUCGUGGACGUCUUGAUGGAGGAACCUCUUGAAGGCGUGAACUCCUUCUGCCCUUUGACCGAACCUGAGAAAUUUGGGGGGUCAGAGGAGAUGUUUUUCGUGGGUCGGCUUGUCUGUGCCGUGAUUGCAGAGUCUGAGGUUCAGGCGAGGAGAACUGCGAAGCUGGUGAGGAUUGUCUACCAAGAUUUGGAGCCCGUGAUCCUAAACAUUGAGGAAGCCAUCCAGCACAAUUCCUUCUUUGAGCCAGAAAGGAAACUGGUAUAUGGAAAUGUUGGUGAAGCGUUUAAAGCGGUUGAUCAAAUUGUUGAAGGUGAAAUACGUAUGGGAGGUCAGGAGCAUUUUUAUAUGGAAACCCAGAGCAUGCUUGCUGUUCCCAAAGGAGAGGAUCAAGAAAUGGGUAUCUGUGCAUCCUCACAGUAUCUCAGAGGCAUGCAGGACAUAGUUGCUUCGGUCUUGAAGGUCCCAGCUAACAAGGUCAUGUGUCAUGUAAAGCGUGUUAGCGGGGCGUUCAGGGGGAAGUUGUUUAAAACUAACAUCAUGGCAGCCAUCACCGCAUUUGCAGCAAACAAACAUGGUCGUCCAGUCCGCUGCAUCCUGGAACGAGGAGAAGGCAACUUAGUAACUGCGGGCCACCACCCUUACCUUGGGAAAUACAAAGCUGGGUUCAUGAAUGACGGCCGAAUUUUGGCCCUGGAUAUGGAGCAUGAGAGCAGUGGAGGCGCCUCCCUGGAUAAGUCAUUAUUGGUGUUAGAAAACAGAAUUCUGAAAAUGGAUAAUUGUUACAAGUUCCCCAACCUGCGUUGCCGAGGGUGGGCAUGUUGAACCAACCUUCCACCCAGCACAGCAUUCCAUGGGUUUGGCUUUCCUGAGGCAGCGCUGACCUCCGAAUCCUGCAUCACAGGCAUUGCAGCCAAGUGUGGGUUGUCCCCUGAGAAGGUACGAAUGAUAAACAUGUGCAAGGAAAUUGAUCAGACACCCUACAAACAAGAGAUGAAUACCAAGAACCUGAUAGAGUGUUGGAAACCAUGUAUGGCCAUGUCUUCCUACUCCCUGAGGAAAGCAGCUGUGGAAAAAUUCAACUCAGAGAAUUACUGGAAGAAGAAGGGGCUGGCCAUAGUUCCCCUGAAGUACCCUGUUGGCCUUGGCUCACAAGCUUCGAGUCAGGCUGCUGCCCUGGUUCACAUUUAUCUAGACAGGUCUGUGCUGGUGACCCAUGGUGGAAUUGAAGUGGGGCAGGUGGUCCACACCAAAAUGAUUCAGGUGGCUAUUAAUGAAUUAAGGAUACCACUGUCCAGUAUCCACCUGUGUGGAACAAGCACAGAAACUGUCCCUAAUACAAAUAUCUCUGGAGCUUCUUUGGUGGCAGAUGUCAAUGGGUUUGCAGUAAAGGAUGCUUGUCAAACUCUCCUGAAGCGCCUUGAACCCAUCAUCAGCAAGAAUCCUCAAGGCACUUGGAAGGACUGGGCGCAGGCUGCUUUUGAUGAAAGCCUUCGUCUCUCAGCUACUGGAUACUUCAGGGGUUACGAGUCAACCAUUGACUGGGAGACAGGUGAAGGCCUUUUUGAUUACUUUGUCUUUGGAGCCUCCUGUUGCGAAGUUGAAAUAGACUGCCUGACAGGCGCUUGUAAGAACAUCAGAACAGACAUUGUCAUGGAUAUUGGUUAGAGUAUAAAUCCAGCCAAUGACAUAGGCCAGAUUGAAGGUGCAUUUACUCAAGCCAUUGGACUUUUUACGAUCGAGGAGCUGAGCUACUCUCCUCAGGGUGUCCUGUGCACUCGCGGUCCAGGCCAGUAUAAAAUCCCCACCGUCUGUGACACCCCCACAGAGCUCCACGUCUCUUUGUUGCCUCCAUCUCAAAACUCGAAAACCCUGUACUCCUCCAAGGGUGUGGGAGAGUCUGGGGUGUUUCUGGGGGGCUCGGUGUUUUUCGCCAUCCACGACCCGGUGAAUGCAGCUCGACGGGAGAGAGGCCUGCUUGGAGCAUUAAGGUUCAAUAGUCUGCUGAUCCCGGAGAAGAUUAGAAUGGCCUGUGAAGAUAAGUUCACAGAAAUGAUUCCAAGAGACACACCUGGAUCCUAUGUUCCUUGGAAUAUUCCCAUAUGA